AUGGAUAACCGCGACAUAAAAACCAGGUUUCUGAUUAUAUCAGAUACCCAUGGUGAAGGCCUUCCCACAGACUUCAAGCCCGACUUUUCCGCCGAUGUACUCAUCCACUGUGGUGACUUGACAGAUCAAUCGAAAUUACACGAGUUCGAGUCUACCCUCAAGCUGAUCAGCAACAUCAAAGCGUCUCUGAAGCUCGUGGUUCCCGGAAACCACGACUUCACGCUUGACAGGCAGGCUUACACCACACUUCUCCAAGAUACCGAUCUAGAGCCGAGACUAGUUGAGGAGACCUAUGGAAAUUAUGGAAAAGUGGGAGAUCUUUUCGCAGCAUAUCCGGACAUUCGACUUCUAACGGAGGGCACCCACGAAUUCCACCUAGGCAAUGGGGCCCGUCUGCUGGUCUACUCCAGUCCAUAUACCCCCUCAGAGGGAAACAUGGGAUUUCAAUAUUCCCGAGCGGUAGGGCAUACCUGGGACAUAGGGGAAGCGGAUGUUGUUAUUACGCAUGGUCCGCCAGAGGGGGUUCUCGAUCGCACCCUCUCAAGAGAGCGGGCUGGGUGUUCUCAGUUGUUUGCCGCCGUGGCUCGCCAACGGCCAAAACUGCACUGCUUUGGGCACAUUCAUGAGGGAUGGGGAGCUAAACUGGUUUAUUGGAGGGAGAAGGCGUCAGAGCAUCCGUCUCAUUUUACCGACAUUGAUAACGAAAAGUCGACGUCCAUUGAGAGUCUGCAGAGUCUUGCAGUUGGGAAAUUCGACAAUGAGAAUACGGCCACUGCGAAGAAGAAAAGGCUGGAAGAAUUCCUGUCCCGGGGAUACUGUGAUACUAGGGACGUGGCCAGCAUUCAACAAGGGUCGGACACCCUGUUUGUAAAUGCAUCUAUCCAAUCUGCUACAGGGAAUGAACCUCAAUUGCCGUGGCUGAUAGACAUCAAGCUUCCACGCAUUUGA